AAGAAUCCCGAACGUUGGUCACUGGUGGAUUUUGACGCGUGGGCUAUUGCCAACAUCGCUGGCACCCGAAUUGCAACAGCACACCGGUCCUUUUAUAAGGGUUUGAAUGCCAUACUCUCACGGGACACAUCCAACGAAAACGAAAUUAAACAUGCUCUUCGUUUAUUGGGUACAAAGAAGGAUGAUAUAAAAUCAAAUAAAUCGCUUUGGAAAAAUACGGAUGCUUUGCAAAUGGUUCAUCAAGCAACAGAAGUUGUUAGGGCACAUACCGUGCUUGAUAAUCUCACGAGGGAUCGUGUCGAAGGGCUUAUCGGUCACAAAAGAGGUCGCGGUGAUGACGGCAUAGAUGAUUAUGAAAAUUCAUUUAUCGCCCAACAGGAAAUUUGUCAAAAUGACGAUGAAAAUCUUGAGCAACCCUUACACGUUGCCAGAAAGGGCAGCAAAACGUCGAGAGAUUGUCACAAAAAUUCAGAGCAUAAGGGCAAUGAUGAAGGCAAUGAUGAAGGCAAUGAUGAAAGCAAUGAUGAAAGCAGCGAUGACGAGUCCCCAUGUGAGUCAGCCAGGAAGCGAUUGGGGACUUUAUCCAACUUUCAAGUGGAGACCACACGACAGCUAGAAACCCUCAACAAUACUUCAGAUUCUUCCUAUUAUCCCAAUUCUGAGAGUUCAGAUUCAGAUAGCAUCAACCAAGUUGAAUCUGAAUACCGGCAAGAAUGGUUUGUUGGUUUAGGAAGUGAGGAAUGGGUGUUAAACAAGGACGUAUGUCAGUGGAUAGUUGAAGAUGUGAACGUAUCAGCCAUGUUCGUGAAAUACCGUCAAUUAUCUGUUCAGAAAGCAUCCCGUGAUAGGAUGGAAAGUGCAGCGGAAAUCCUUUCUCUAAAUCACAUCUUUUUGCUUGAAGAAGACAGCGAAAUUGGAAUCCGGGAGAUAUUCGACGGAGAACUGUGGGCAACGAUGUUCAACAGCAUUAAAACCGAGUUUGUCUCUUCACAACUCUCAGAUCAUGACGCUGCAAGCAAGACUUUAAUGGAUUGCAAACUACUUCUCCGAGAAUGGCAGCAACAGAUGGAUAGAGAGAAGGAAGAUAUUAUUUUGGAGCUUUUUGAAUCGAU